GGCAGACCUGGGGGGCAGAGCAGAGGCGGCUGCGGCUUCUUUGUUCCGCCGCUCAGCAGGAUCUGAUCUGAGCUCAGUGCGCAGGCGCAGACAGUCUCCUCCCCCUGCUUCGCUGGGGCCGCGCAUGCGCACUGGCCUCUCUGUGCGCUCUACUGUUUGCAUUGUGUCUGAACUGCCGGCGAGCUUUAAAAAUAUUUUAGCAGCGCGGAAAUGUCGGGCAGGUCGGUCCGAGCGGAGACCCGGAGCAGGGCCAAAGAUGACAUCAAGAGGGUCAUGGCCGCCAUCGAGAAAGUACGAAAAUGGGAGAAGAAGUGGGUGACGGUUGGAGACACGUCCCUCCGCAUCUACAAGUGGGUGCCGGUGACGGAGCCCAAAUCCGACGACAAAAACAAAAACAAGAAAAAGGGCAAAGACGAGAAGUACGGCUCAGAGGUGACGACUCCGGAGAACAGCUCCUCUCCAGGGAUGAUGGACAUGCACGAUGACAACAGCAACCAGAGCUCCAUCGCAGACUCGUCCCCGGUGAAGCAGGAAAACAGCUGUAGCACAAGCCCCGCCCCCGAGAACAACGCUGCGACGCCCCGUGAGAACAGCGAGACCAAGAGUGAGCAGAGCCCGGACAGCAAGAGAGGUAAGACCACACCCUCAUCGGACUCCUCAGAGAGAGCGCAGGGAACCAAGAGGGACGCCGUGUCAUCGGGCGAGAAGGAGUCACCGGACAGCAAAGCCACUCAGGACCUACAGGACGAGGCUCCGCCCACAAAGAAGAGCAAACUGGAGUCUUCGUCUCAGAACUUUGAGGAGAGUUAAGGACCCCCCCCCUCUCCUCCCCCAUUUUAAGCUGCGACGGUUCCGGUCGUUUCUCAGGAGGGUCCGUGCACUGUUCCGGUUCGUCUCGGUCCGUCGCUGCUGUUGUCCCGCGUCUUUUCUCUCGAUCCGUGAAAGGCUCUUCGUCCCCCCCCCAGAGGAAGAAGACGACGGUACCGGUCCAAUCGGACGCUCCGAUGAGUCGCGCAGACGGGCGUGGCAAGCGCAGGUCCGGGAGGCGUGCCUUGAGAAAACUCGUUUUAGGUCAAGCAGGUUUUGAAUUCCGGUUUGGGUGCCAUGACUUUUAUCUCUUUUUCUGCCUUCUAACCGUCACUAAACAGUGGGUCAGACGUUUGUAGUCAUGACAGGUCGGGUUCAGGUGAAGGAGCCACACCAAGAAGAAUUUGUCUGGCUGAGGUUUGACGGCUCAGACUCUGGAGGAUCCAUUCGGAUCAGCUCAGAUUCUCUGCUUUGCUGGUCAGACAGAAUCCACUCACCUGCUGUUAUUCAACCAGUAGAUGGCGAUCUGGUAUUUUACUCCCAGCUAGGAAGGACAGAGUGUGGCUCCUUCAUCAGAGCUGUAGACUGGAAUGUGAACACUACCCAGAUUUUUUUGUUUUGGUCAUUUCCCCUCCGAGUCUUCUGCGUGUCUCCUCUCAUCUCGGGCCCGGUAGCUCUCCGGGCUGAACCCGCUGAGCUCCUGGUUUUUGUGCAGAUUUACUUGAACGUUGACGUGGAUGUUUCACUGACGGGCUCCUCAUCACCUCACUCCCCCAGACGUCUGCAGAUUCACAUGGAUGGAGAGAAAAGAUCAGAAAAUCUCGGUUCCAGGAUGGAUUAGCAAAUACCUCACUCCCACUCCAGCAGAGCUGGAACUGAUAUUGUGUUGACAUUAGACGUUCUAAACAGCAUUAUGUUCAUUCAAAUUAAGUCACUUCUGUUGUAGCUUCACCUGGUUGAGCCGAUUGCUUAUAGUUUGCUCAUAACUGUAUAAAAAUAAGAAAAAGAAGAGCUGUGAGAUGAAAUAUCGUUUGUUUUUUCCUUGGGACCAUUUUGUUUUUCUUUAGAUCUUGUACAGAUUUAUGGUUUGGUUUGACUUAUUUAUUCCAUCAGUAGUGCUUGGUUUUUAUCAUAUGAUGAUGGUUCUGUUUUCUUAAUAAAAUUCACAAAAAUCUUUCA